AUGUAUCCAAGCAACAGUUUUAUUGUAACAGAAUAUCCAAAUGAAAUUUCUGACGAUGAUACCGAACAUAGCAAUCAUGUCAACAACACCGACAUUACAAAAUCGUAUUCAAGUGCAACAACUUUCGCCUGUAAUGAAUGCAACAAAUUGUUUACCAGCGUUUCGAAAUUAAAUCGUCACAAACGUUUUACUCAUGCGCCGGAAGAAGAGAAAAUCCCUUGCCAUCUUUGUGAUUUAAAAUUUGCACGAACCUAUCAUUUCAAAAGGCACGUGCAAACAGUGCACUCCCGCGACAAAUUCCAACCGAAAGUUGUGAAAAAAGAUAAACCGACGUUAGCAAGUGAGAUCGCUACGACUGUAACUUGCCAGGAAUGUAAUAAAAUAUUUUAUAAUCCUAAGAAAUUAGCACGUCACAAACGUCUUGUUCAUGUGCCCGAAGAGAAAAAAUUCACUUGUACUGUGUGUGGUAACAAAUUUGGACGAUCUGAUCAUUUUAGAAGACACGUGCAAACAGUGCACUCCCGCGACAAUUUCCAACCGAAAGUUGUGAAAAAAGAUAAACCCACAAAAUUAACAAGUAAACAGACAAAAUUAACAAGUGAGAUCGCUACGACUGUAACCUGCCAGGAAUGUAAUAAAAUAUUUUAUAAUCCUAACAAAUUAACACGUCACAAACGUCUUGUUCAUGUGCCCGAAGAGAAAAAAUUCACUUGUACUGUGUGUGGUAACAAAUUUGGACGAUCUGAUCAUUUUAGACGACACAUGCGUAAUCUACACAAUGCCGAAGCUAUUUUACCGGAAAAGCGUGAAAUAAAGAUAAAGGAUAAUCGUUUUGCAUGUGAUAAAUGUGAUCGUAGCUACACACGUCGCUGUCGUCUCUACAAACAUGAAAGAGAACUGCAUUCUCAGUAA